CAAAAUAAUUUAGUACCACUUUAAUACCACUUACCAGUCUGCAUUUGCAACUUUUAUAAUUUCUCGCACUACUUGGUUUGCUGUGCUCACUAUAAUGAUAUUUGGUAACACUUUCUCAUCAUCGGAGAGUGAUGCAGAAAGUGAAUCGAAUACUUCAACAAGGCUCGGAGAGUGUGAAGUGUGUGGUGCAAACGAAGCGAAAUACACAUGUCCUAGGUGUGAAGUAAAAACGUGCUGUUUAGAUUGUGUAAGAAUCCAUAAAAAUGAGUUAGAAUGCACUGGCAUCCGCGACAGGACUAAAUUUGUAAGGGUUAAAGACUUCAAAGAUACUGAUCUUCACAGUGACUACAGGCUACUUGAAGAAUGUGCUAGAUUUGUUUACGCAGUCAAGAGGGAUGAAAAGAAGAAAUUCACAAGAAUUGACAGAGAUUUACCAAUUCACUUAUAUAAACUUAAACUAGCAGCUAGAAGAAGAGGAAUUGUACUACUAUUUUUGUCUCAUAAUUUUUCAAGAAAUGCUGUUAAUACAACAAGAUAUGAUUUUAAAAGACAUAUUAUAUCCUGGAGGAUUGAAUGGCUAUUUCCUAAUGUUGAUGGUCCCCCAUUAAAAUUCGUUGAUAGUAAAUGCCCUGAAAACAAAAAAAUGUCAGAAUUGUUAGAUAAAUAUGUUAAUCCCGAAGCUCUACCUUUUGAGGGUUCAAAAUCCCUUACUUAUUAUAAAUCUGCCACUCAAUCAGGUGUGAAGAUUUUACUUAAAGCUGAAAAAGUAAAAGGAUCUCAAAAGAAAUUCUUUGAGCUGGAGCCGUCAGAGUCGCUCUGUGAAAGUUUAUCAGGCAAAUGUGUCAUUGAGUUUCCAUUGAUAUUUGUUGUGCUUAAAGAUCACGCAUCUAAUUUUGAUAUAAUUACCACAGUGGAUGAAGUUGAUCAUGAAGAAUCUGGAAAUGUAAAUGACAUCAAACAUCUAGUAAAAGAGGUGGCACAGGAGAAAUGUUCAUUAGCAAAUGAUGAUUGUCAAGCCAAAAGAAAAAGACCAUUACUCACCGAAAAAAUAGCACAAGAAAAGAAAUCAGAAAUACAAAGAGAAAUAAAAGAAGAGAGAAAGAGAAAACCAAAGAAUCUUCUUUUUACCACUGGCUAUUCAUCAGAAGAAAGCAUAAAAACUGACAGUGAGGAUGAAGAUUUAUGAAAAUAACUAUUUGUGACAUGUACUUUUAUUUACUGUACUUCAAUUGCAAGAAAAACACUCUGUGUCAAUACAAAUAAAUAUUCAUUUGUCGCAUUAA